AUGGAGCCCACACCCUUGUCAGUGUGCAUCUCGCUGCUCUGUAUCGCGCUGCUGUGCCUCCUAUGGCACAAGUCAACGAAGCCCCCCGCCGGUGCGCCUGCACCGCCACGGCCGCCGGGCCCAACGCCGUUCCUAGUCAUAGGCAACAUCCCGGACCUGGUCCGCGGCGGCGAGCUACACCGCGCGCUCGCUCGCCUGUCGGUGUCCUACGGCCCCGUCAUGUCGAUGAGGCUCGGCAUGGCGAGCCUCGUCGUGCUGUCGUCCCCGGCUACGGCGCACGAGGCGCUCCACAAGAAGGAGGGUGCCGUCUCCUCCCGGUGGGUCCCCGACAGCGCCAGCGUCAUGGGCCACAGCGGCAUCUCCAUGGUGUGGCUCCCGAGCUCCAGCCCGCUGUGGAAGCACCUGCGCACCGUGGCGAGCACCCUGCUCUUCACGUCCCGGCGGCUCGGCGCCAGUCGCGCCAUCCAGGAGCGCAAGGCCCGGGAGCUCGUUGACCACUUACACGCGAGCUCCGGCCGCCCGGUGCGCGUCGCGCUCCCCGUGUUCAGCGCCGUGCUCAACAUGCUCUCCAGCGUUCUGUUCUCGGAGGACGUCGUCGAGCUGGGGUCGGUGACCGGGCAGGAGUUCAUGGAGCUCAUCGCAGACUCUGUUGCGGAGACGGCCAAGCCGAACAUCUCCGACUUCUUCCCAUUCCUCAGCUCGCUAGAUCUCAGCCGCCGCCGCCGCGCGGUCGCCGCGAAUCUCAGCAGAUUCUACCAGUUCUUCGACGCUGUCAUAGACCGUCGGUUGAACAGUGCCGAGAAGCCCGGCGACCUGCUGGAGUCGCUGCUCGAGCUCCCCGCCAAGUCCCAGCUCGAGCGGCCGGUGAUCCGAGCUCUCCUAACGGAUCUGUUCAUCGCUGGGAGCCACACGACGACGACCACGGUGGAGUGGGCGAUGGCGGAGCUGCUCCGCAACCCGACCAAAAUGGCGAAGGCGCGCGCCGAGCUAAGGGAAGCGUUCGGAUCCGGCAACGCAGAGGAAGGUGACCUCGCCAACCUCCCGUAUCUGCAGGCCGUGAUGAAGGAGACGAUGCGGCUGCAUCCCCCAGCGCCGCUGCUGCUGCCGCACGAGGUGUCGGAGACCGGCGUGACACUCGGCGGCUGCUCGGUGCCGAAGGGCGCCCGUGUUCUAAUCAACGUGUGGGCCAUCGGAAGGGACCCCGAGGUGUGGGCUGAGCCGGAGGUGUUCAUGCCGGAGAGGUUCUUGGACAGGGAGGUGGACUUCCGGGGGAGGGCGUUGGAGUUCAUACCGUUCGGAUCGGGGCGGAGGGCGUGCCCCGGGAUGCCGCUGGCCGUGACGGUCGUGCCGAUGGUGUUGGCAUCGCUGCUCCACGAGUUCGAAUGGAGGCUGCCGGAUGGGAUGGCGCCCGGUGAUGUGGAUCUCAGCGACCGGUUUGGCGCCGCGCUAGAGCUCGCCGUUCCUCUGAGGGCCGUGCCGGUUUGGACGAAAGGCGCGGAGGAUUUGAGUUUUUCUUCGUGA